ACUAUAUGUCAACGACAAAACGGCUUCUUCAGGUUUCAACUCCUUCAGUUUUCAAGUCCUUUGUCUCUCUGUGACUAUAUCACAUAUAUGUAUAUAUAUAUGAAUGAACCAGGCUUUUGUAUUAUUCUUUCUUUAGCCUCUCAUGGCGGGUCUACAUUCUUUAUCUAGACCUUCCUCGUCCUCCUCUUCUUCUUCGUCUUCUUCAUCAUCAUCGCUUUCGUCUCAGGCUUACACUUCCCGAAUCGUAUUGCUGCUGACUGUCCUACCCUUGACUCUCGCCUGCUUCGCUUUCAUUCUCCAAUGGCGGGGCGGUCUCAAUGACCCCAUUACCCGAUGGUCGCCCGACAACCUUCAGUUCCCUGGUAUGACUACCUUCGAUGCAUCCCGGACUUCUCGUACGUCGAAAUCGGAUUGUGUGGAUCCUUUGGCUCGGAGUCGCUCUCCCUCUUUUCCUUACUUUCUGGACUGGAAAUUUGAUUACACCUCCGAUCUAAGGCCAAGGAUAAGUAUAACAACGAGUACGUCUGCUGGUUUGGAGCAAACUUUGCCGUGGAUAUUUUAUCACAAGGUUAUAGGAGUUACAAACUUUUUCCUCUUUGUGGAGGGAAAGGCAGCCUCUGCUAAUGUAUCUAAAGUUUUAGAAAGCAUUCCAGGCGUGAAAGUUAUAUUCAGAACAAGGGAACUAGAGGAGCAGCAAGCUAGAAGCCGGAUUUGGAAUGAGAGUUGGCUUGCUAGCUUCUUCUACAAACCAUGUAAUUAUGAGUUGUUUGUGAAGCAAUCCCUUAAUAUGGAGAUGGCUAUUGUCAUGGCAAGGGAGGCUGGAAUGGAUUGGAUAAUUCAUCUUGACACUGAUGAGCUAAUACAUCCAGCAGGCACUAGCACUCAGGAAUACUCCUUGAGACAAUUGUUGUCAGAUGUUCCUGCAAAUGUUGAUAUGGUUAUCUUCCCCAAUUAUGAAAGUAGUGUUGAGCGGGAUGAUAUCAAGGAACCAUUCAGUGAGGUCUCAAUGUUCAAGAAGAACUAUGACCAUCUUCCAAAAGAUGUAUAUUUUGGCAAUUACAGGGAAGCAACUCGUGGUAAUCCAAACUACUUUUUGACCUAUGGAAAUGGGAAAUCAGCUGCUCGAAUUCAAGAUCACCUCCGCCCCAAUGGUGCACACAGAUGGCACAACUAUAUGAAGCCACCAAAUGAGAUCAAAUUUGAGGAGGCUGCUGUAUUGCAUUAUACAUAUCCCAAGUUUUCUGAUUUGACUUCCAGACGUGAUCGGUGUGGAUGCAAACCUACUAGGAAUGAUGUUAAAAGAUGCUUCAUGUUGGAAUUUGACAGACCUGCAUUCAUAAUUGCUUCAACUGCAACGGAUGAGGAAAUGCUUCAAUGGUACCGUGAGCACAUUGUUUGGACUGACAGAGCCCUGAUCUUGAAAUUUUUGAGGAGGGGCAUCUUGACUCGGAUUUAUGCACCUAUGGUAAUCAUUCAAAACUUGAGAGAAUCUGGUGUUUUUACCUCUGUAAUUGAAUCAGCUACAAAACCAAGUCUCUCCAAAGACCAGUUCAUAUCAUCAAUCAACAGUAGCAACUCUGCAGAAGCAAACAAAUCUGGUGUGUUUUCUUCAAGAAAGUUUGCUAACAGAGAUUCUCAAACAACUGCUAGAAGGAUCUUGGAAUUCACUUAUAAUUCUACUCUUCCUUUAGCAAUCCCACCUCUAUCUCCUCCAGGCUCCGAAGACUUUCAAAGAUUGCAUAUUUAAUUCUCCCUUUCAACAAAACGACCAUUUCCCUGAUAGUUUUUUGCUUCCCAUUUGAAGAAGCAUCUGAGAUGAUUAUCAUUGUCAUCAUCAUAAAAACACAAACUUGAAGGGAGAGAGGCAGGUUUUGCAUUCAUGGUGGGGGCCUUUUUCAGUGUUCGGUUUUUAUGGGGGAGGGUUCAUCUUGAUCAUUAACCCAAGCGCUGGUGUACAUUUUCAGGUUUAGAAGAUAGAUUAGAUUUUGUAGAGAGAGGUGUAGAGAGCGGGAUUCUGGUUGCAGGUUUCAUUUAGUAUGAUUUACAGAUAGUCUCUCUGUGUAAUUCAGUCUUGAAUGGCAUUUUGUUUUGAAAAUGCCAUCUUCUUGAUAAGUUGCCUGGGAUUUGUAAUCUGCGUUCCCUGGUGUUUUAUGUUUUGUUUGUUUUAUACAAGUCAGAAAGAAGUAACAUCACUAGGUUCAUUCAUUCUCCACAUAUGAAUUUCUCAGUUGAUUAUUCAAUAAAAAACAGAUAUAUUAGUUUAAAA